CACAAAGUGAAACAAAGUGUGAUUGAAGAAGAAAGAAUGCAAAUUAAGUAGUGAAUAAGAAAAACUGCAGGCCUUGGGACUAUCUGCAUAACUAAAAUAUAUGGUUCAAAUCCAAUCCAAUGAAGCAUUUUACCAAUAAAUCUAAUUCUAACUAAAGGAUCAAAUUCAAAGUUUUUCUUGUAAACAAACAUACGUAAAGGAGGUAAGCUUGGUACAUGAGAAAUAAAAAUAAUAUUUAAGUUAGUGGUGAAGAAAGAAGGGAAGAAGAGCUAAUUUGAGAAGAGAGAAAGGAAAUCUAUUAAUAGUGUUAGUGUGUUCCCAAUUUGUAAGCGGAGCCAUACAAACAAUUUGAUGAAUUGAUGAUGAAGAUGAAAAUGAAAUCACUCCCCGUCUCCUCUUCAUCUUCUUCUGAAUUCGUACUGUUUGGUUACCAAUGUCGUUCUCCGAUUCAGAGUCAUCCUCUCACGGAGGAGGAGGAGGAGAUUACAAGUUCUUUCGUCAGAUCAGCCGCGAUCGAUUGCUCCACGAGAUGCUUGGAUCUACCAAAACCGGGGAUUCUAAAGCUUGGAAGAUACUAAUAAUGGAUAGAGUUACGGUCAAAGUAAUGUCUCAGUCUUGCAAGAUGGCUGAUAUCACUGAUCAAGGCAUUUCCUUGGUAGAAGAACUUUUUAAGAGAAGGGAACCAAUGCCUGGCAUGGACGCUAUCUACUUUAUCCAACCUUCCAAAGAGAACAUUGUCAUGUUUCUAUCCGACAUGUCUGGCCGGGAACCCUUGUACAGGAAGGCAUUUAUCUUUUUCAGUUCCACUAUCCCCAAAGAAUUGGUCAAUCACAUCAAAAGUGAUUCUAGCGUUUUACCACGCAUUGGUGCUUUACGCGAGAUGAACAUGGAGUAUUUCCCCAUAGAUAAUCAGGGAUUUCUAACUGAUCAUGAGCAAGCAUUGGAAACGCUCUAUGCUGAAGAUGCUGAGAAUUCACGCCACUUUCAUAUUUGUUUGAAUAUUAUGGCUACUAGAAUUGCUACCGUAUUUGCUUCCCUCAAGGAACUACCCUUUGUUCGGUAUCGAGCUGCUAAGUCCACUGCUUCGAGGGACUUGGUUCCAUCAAAGCUUGCUGCUGCAAUUUGGGACUGUAUCUCAAAAUAUAAAGCCAUUCCCAACUUCCCCCAGACCGAAACAUGUGAGCUGCUCAUUGUGGAUAGAUCAGUGGAUCAGAUCGCUCCUAUCAUACACGAAUGGACCUAUGAUGCUAUGUGCCAUGAUUUGCUUGACAUGGAGGGGAAUAAACAUGUCAUUGAGGUUCCCAGUAAAACUGGUGGGCCUCCGGAGAAAAAGGAGAUAGUGCUUGAAGAUCAUGAUCCAGUGUGGCUUGAGCUUCGACACACACAUAUAGCAGAUGCUAGCGAGCGUUUGCAUGAGAAAAUGACCAACUUUGCUUCAAAAAACAAAGCCGCACAAAUGAGAUCAAGGGACGGUAGCGAGUUGUCUACACGAGAUCUACAGAAAAUAGUUCAGGCUUUGCCGCAAUAUGGAGAACAAGUUGACAAACUCUCCACUCAUGUAGAGCUAGCUGGAAAAAUUAAUAGAAUAAUCAGAGACACAGGACUUCGGGAUCUUGGGCAGCUGGAACAAGAUCUUGUUUUUGGAGAUGCAGGUGCCAAGGACGUUAUCAACUUUCUGAGGACGAAUCAGGACACAAACCCGGAAAACAAAUUACGGCUUUUGAUGAUUUAUGCAACAGUGUACCCCGAGAAGUUUGAAGGUGACAAGGGUGUGAAGCUAAUGCAGCUUGCUAGAUUAUCACCUGUGGAUAUGAAGGUUAUAAGCAACAUGCAAUUGAUAGCUGGAUCCCCAGAAAACAAAGCUAAGUCCGGUAGUUUCUCCCUCAAAUUUGACGCUGGAAAGACAAAACAAGCAAACAGGAAAGAUCGAUCUGGUGAAGAAGAAACAUGGCAACUGUUCCGGUUUUAUCCCAUGAUCGAGGAGCUGCUUGAGAAACUCGUGAAAGGCGAUCUAUCUAAAAGCGACUAUCUAUGUAUGAACCAAUCAAGUCAUAAGGAGGAGAGUGAAGCAAGAACAGGAUCUGUCAGGAAGAGUUCUGCUCCUACAGCGGUUCCAGAGAGAAAAGCCACCCCUCAUUCUAUGAGAUCAAGACGAACUGCAACUUGGGCGCGUCCUCAUUCUUCUGACGAUGGAUAUUCCAGUGACUCAGUGUUGAAAAGUGCUUCUACGGAGUUCAAGAAGCUGGGGCAACGCAUCUUUGUAUUCAUAAUUGGUGGGGCAACUCGAUCCGAGCUCCGAGUUUGCCACAAGUUGACAAGCAGUUUGAGGAGAGAAGUGGUACUAGGCUCCACUAGUUUCGAUGAUCCCCCACAGUACAUCACGAAGCUGAAAUUGCUGUCGGAAAAAGACAUACAAGGGGCUCCUGCUCAGCCCUUCAAACCACAAUACUGGUGAAUUUGACACAGCUUGAGUCUCAAAAAUGUAUUUAGGAGAAGUAAAAAAAAAGGCUAAUAAUUUUGCAAUUGAAAGAAGAGUGGAUAAGUAAACCUUGUCCAGAGACAAGACUUGGGAUCAGGUUAGUAGAAACGUUAUGGUGAAGACUUAUUUUUUGUUCUUGCUUCUCCUUGACCCCAAACCGUCGCCUUUCCCUUAUUUUUUUUCUUCAUAUGGGUCAUUUGGUUCAUACUCUAUAUACUUUUGUGUCACAAUUUAACUCUAUAUAUUAGUCUCUACGUCGACUUAAUGGAAAAAGUGAAGAUGAUAGCUUCUAAUUUGCUUUAUUUAUUUAUAAACUUUUGGCUA